AUGUGGUGUCCUCUUUUGCUUUUAUUAAUACCUACAGCACUCAGCUUCUGGACAAGCAAAAGGAGAUCCACACUCAUCAUCAAGAUCAAAGAGUUUGAGUCUGCACUAAAAAAGACCCUGUACGAUUACACAGCAACAGAUCAGAGUAUCAAAUGGUCAUUGCAACGAGUUCCUAUUGACGAGGCACCCUGCACGUCAGUUCGAUUUUGUUUAGUGAUUCACAUUACCGAGUUAGACCCAGAAAUGGCGUAUGUGGGUGAGGAACUACCUUCCUAUCAAACUGCGCUUUUGAAUACAGCAACUACAUUUCAUCCGCCAAGCUACCAUGAAUUAACAGCACCUCCGCAUGCUGUUGUUGUUUCUUAG